CAAUCAUCAGAAAUGAAACCCAACUUCCCCUCCUCCUCUCAACCCACAGCAGCUGCGGUCAGCCAGCCUGUCUGUCGGCCUGGUGGAAGCAGGGAUCCGCAGUCUGAGCUCCAUGGAGGCCACAAUCCUCAAGAUCAUCUGCGCCAACCAGGGCGCGGUGGGGACCGACGACCUGAUGUACAACCUGUUUCCAGGGGACUCCUCCAACGUGUCGCAGGUCAUCUGCAACCAGGAAAAGUUCGUUCUGUGCUGCCCGAACGGACAGCCGACGGUGGUGGUCCGGACCCGGCUGAGGCUGUGCAGAGUGAAGGGGUGUCCUGGAGGCUGCAGGGGUUUACACCUGUGCCAGUUCUACCUGUUCAAAGGCUCCUGUGGCUUCGCUCUGCUCAGGAGAGGCUGCAACUUCUCCCAUGAGCUGAACUCUGACCACAACCAGAGGAUACUGAGGGAAAAUGAGCUGGAGAGUCUGACCCUGGAGGAGCUUCGAACGCUGCUGCUACAGAGCGACAACACACUGCUGCCUGCUGUCUGCUAUGAUUACAACAACGGUCAUGGAGAGUUUGGUCGCUGUCAGGAAGGAGAUGCCUGCAAACGACUCCACAUCUGUGAGAAAUCCUUCAGGAGUGAGUGCAUCUGCUACAGGAACCAUGAUUUCAAUGCUCCACAGCCACUACGAACCCUGCAGGAAAAAGGCAUCCCAGACACCCUGUUUCAGUCCCUGAAGGCUGCCUACGUGAAUAAAAAGGCUCUGAGGUUCUCUGACAACACUGAUGGAAGAGGAAGAGGUGGCAAUAGAAGGGGCAGGGGCAGAGGAACCCCUGGCAACCAACCAAGGGAGACACGAGCCGCUUCCCUCAGCGACAUCCUCAAAAACAUCGACACCUUGGAUCUGUACGGCGCUGAUGAAUCGUCCGAUGGCGAGGCAUCCAUCGCGAGUAGUGAAGGCAGCAGGCACAAUGAACAUCUGAAUAAAACUUCUGCAGCUUUCAGAGGAAGAGGUGGCAACCGGGGCAACCGGGGCAACCGGGGCAACCGGGGCAACCGAGGCAACCGGGGCAACUCUCACCCCAUACCAAAAACCUGCUCCACCAGUGACCUCUUCGCUGCUGCCGACGCCGAAACUGUAAAUGCCAGUGAUGCUCCGAACAGACGACCAAGGCCUGUUAGAGAUAAAACUGAGAUCUGCAUGUUCUUUGUCAAAGGACACUGCAUCCAUGAGGAUCGUUGUUUCAAAGCUCAUGACAAGAUGCCGUACAGAUGGGAGGUGAAGGAGGGCGACCAGUGGAACGCCAUGCCUGAGAACGAGAUGAUUGAGAAGGAUUACUGUGAUCCCAAAAACACGUACAGUACCACCAGCCAAGUUGUGCAUUUCGACACGAUGACCUGUGGACCGAACAAAGUGCGACGCCUCUCCACCGUGAACUCUUUGCUUCAGCCGACUUACAUCCUCACCACUGAGUGGCUUUGGUACUGGCAGGAUGAGUACGGAAAAUGGAACCAGUACGCUUCAGAUACCGGUGGACACAGACCAUCAGACGUCGACAGCGCAACUCUGGAGCAGAAGUUUCUGGACAAUGACAAAGACGUGGUGGAAUUUAAAGCUGGUUCACAGACGUACUCGCUCAGUUUCCAGGACAUGAUCCAAACAAACAAGCAGUUCGGCACUCUGAGGAUCGUGUGUCGACGCCCUCGCUUUGUUUCUGCUGCCGAUGUUAAAGAAAAGAAAGUGAGCAGAAAACCUCCGGGUCAGGCCAACUCCACCCCUGUGCCAGACAACUGGGACAAGACUCAGAUCCCAGCCAAAGGAUACUCGAGAAUCACUCUAAUGAGCACCUCGGAUGAAUACAAGGAGGUUCAAACUCUUUUCUGUAGAACCAUGCAAGGCUUUGAUAUCGUCAGCAUCGAGAGAAUUCAGAACAGAGCUCUUUGGGAAGUCUUCCAGUGGCAGAAGAAUCAGAUGAAGACCAACAAUGGAGGCCGCACUGUGAUGGAAAGGAAGCUUUUCCAUGGCACUGACAGUAAACACAUAGAGGCCAUCUGCCUCCACAACUUCGACUGGAGAGUCUGUGGAGUUAAUGGAACUGCUUUUGGCAAAGGUAGCUACUUCGCCCGGGAUGCCAGAUACUCCCACAGCUACACCGGCAACAGUGAAGUCAAAACCAUGUUCGUCUCUCGGGUGCUGGUGGGAGAUUAUACCAAAGGGGAGUCUGGUUACCGCCGACCUCCUUCCAAAGAUGGUGGGGAGGUAAACUUCUUCGACAGCUGCGUAGACAACAUCAUGAACCCAUCCAUAUUUGUUGUGUUCGAGAAGCACCAGAUCUACCCCGAGUACCUGCUACACUACAAGACCAUACACCUGCUGGUCGACAUAUUUGAUGCUGCACCAGUAUCAGCACAGAAACCAGCACCACAACCAGCACAGCACCCAGUACUGAAUUCAGCACUGGCACUCAAACAGCUACUGGCAAUGCAACCAGUACUUAAACCACAACCAGUACUAAAACCACAACCAGUACUGUCAUCACAACCAGUACUUAAACCACAACCAGUACUAAAACCACAACCAGUACUGUCAUCACAACCAGUACUUAAACCACAACCAGUACUAAAACCACAACCAGUACUUAAACCAGACCCAGUACUGCCAUCACAACCAGUACUUAAACCACAACCAGUACCUAAACCAGAACCAGUACUGCCAUCCCAACUAGUACUAAAACCACAACCAGUACCUAAACCAGAACCAGUACUGCCAUCACAACUAGUACUAAAACCACAACCAGUACCUAAACCAGAACCAGUACUGCCAUCACAACUAGUACUAAAACCACAACCAGUACUUAAACCAGAACCAGUACUGCCAUCCCAACUCGUACUAAAACCACAACCAGUACCUAAACCAGAACCAGUACUGCCAUCCCAACUAGUACUAAAACCACAACCAGUACCUAAACCAGAACCAGUACUGCCAUCACAACUAGUACUAAAACCACAACCAGUACUUAAACCAGAACCAGUACUGCCAUCCCAACUAGUACUAAAACCACAACCAGUACUUAAACCAGAACCAGUACUGUCAUCACAAGCAGUAUUCCCACCACAACCAAUACUAAAACCAAAACCAGUACUGCCAUCACAACCAGUACUUAGACCACAACCACUACUAAAAUCAGAACCAGUAUUGAAAGCAGACCCAAUGCUGCCACCGCAACCAGUACUAAAACCACAACCAGUACUGACACUACAAUCAGUACUUAAACCAAAACCUGUACUGCCAACACAAUCAAUAUUUAAACCAGAACCAGUACUGAAUCCAGAACCAGUACUAAAACCACGAGUUCUGACACUACAAUCAGUACUUAAACCAAAACCUGUACUGCCAACACAACCAAUAUUGAUACCACAACCAGUACUAAAACCUGAACCAGUACUUAAGACAGAACCAGUACUGAAACCAGAACCAGUACUUAAACCACAACCAGUCCUGUCAUCACAACCAGUAUUUAAACCACAGCCAGUACUAAAACCACAAUCAGUACUGAAACCAGACCCAGUACUGCCAGCACAACUAAAACUUAAACCACAAUCAGUCCCUGCACUGAAAUUGGUACCGGCCCUGAAACCACCAGCAACACAAGCAGUUCAGUCACCACAAGCAGUGCUGGCAUUAAAGCAAGUGCCAGUACUGAAGCCAGUACUGCCACCACCACCAGUAUUGGCACUGAAACCAGUACCAAUACUGAAACCAGUACCGGCACUGAAACCAGUACUGCCACCACAACCAGUAUCGAAACGGGUGCUAUGAACUGGUAUUUACAGGAUGUUGUAUGGCCCCCAAGUGCGGAAACAAAAUCAAUUCUUACUGCUAUAAGAUACCAAAUCCAUAAAAACUCUUUGCCCAAAGUGUUUGCUCGUUUAAUCACAUGUAUAAGAGCUGGAACAGUAAAUUGGCCACAAAAUCUGCCAUUAAGCUCUCUGAUGAAUUUGUAAGUUCUUCAGUAUCUGUACCCAUGCAAAACAUUUUAAAAAAGGAGAGUAGUUUCACAAACAACCUGGGACCUCUGAAGUAACUGGAUCAAUUAAGGGCUACAAUAAAUACAGUAGUAACCUGAUGUCAUCUGGUUUCAUUGCGUCAAUUUUACCUAAUCCUGAGUCAUUUCAAAGUAAAGUAUUAUUAUAAGGUUGGAGGAUUGACAGGACUGAUGUAUGUGAUUAGCUAUAAUUGAGCAUUUUUUUUCUCUUUGGUUUAACACAUAUAGUAGCUGCUUUUUCCUUUAUGGAAAAGGAAAACGGAUCCAACUAUGCAUUAGUCUACAAAAAGACAAUUCCCAGGGUGAAAACAGAUUUGGCUGUCGCUUCCACUGCAUCCAUUUAUCCGCCACCCGUGCUUCAUUGCUGCCCAUUAAGAUGGAGCAGUCCUAUGGGAAAUGCAGCUGUGCCAUGCAGGAUGCAACAGCCCACCCGGUGACAGUAAAUAUCCACUGACAUUAACCAGCCCAAGCAACCCCUUCCUGCCUGAUGCGUGCCCAUGCCGGCCGCUGUGUCUUUCCCCGGCUGCUGUUUCCUGGUAGGCUGAGCAGAUCCUACAGAGCCAGCUGCCAGGAGCUUCCAGGCCUCAGCAUAUCGGAUGAUCUGGUUUUCCUGUAUUGCACGAGCUCAUGAAUAAAAAAUGACUCCUUCGCCUUUGUUUGCGUGCACACCUCCUCCCGGUGUUUGAGAUGUUUAUGUUUUUGCUGAGUCACAGUGGUUUAGCACCAGUCGAUGGAAGAACGCUAUGGUGGCAAACCCCCUGGGUGAAGGGAAAUGACUCAGAUCUUUAUUUGGCCGAAAGCGGGAGAAGUUUUUGUCGAGUUUGUGAUGAAUUAAAUAACAGCUGCAGUCAACAGAUCUACUGUAUGUGUAGUCUCAGUGGAUCAAUGAAGCAUCUGUUCAGCUGUUUAUAAAAGAUGUAAGGUGACAGAUGCAUUAUUCGGUAUUAUUUCUGUUUUUAAGGUCUUUUUUAUGCAGCAUUUUCUAUGCACCAGUUCUAGGGUAAUGUUGCUGUAUACAGCAGAAGCAAUCAAAACUACAUAAUCUGUUAAUAAUUGCAUGAUUUCAGGGCUCAUAUGUAGAGUAUUCUGACUUAUAAACAAACAUUUCAAAGAGACUGUAAGAUAAAUACAUCCCCCAAAGCAGUAAAUCACUGCAAUAAAAGUGAAAACACCUGUGAUCACCAAAGCUAAACUGUGUGUACCUAUGAUUUCCAAAUAGCCGAACCCAUGAACACCAGAGUUUUCUCGGUUUUGGAUCCUAUAAGAUGCCGAUCCACAUGUCUGCAUCGUGGGUCCUCGUGAAACAACUGCAACAGGAAAUUAAAAAUCUGAUUGUGAGACUUUACAAAGAUGGGAAUGAUAGUGGAAGACCAUUCACCAACUAGAAAUGAGUGAAAACACAGUUGCACGCAGUAAUCAGAAGGUAUAGAACGAGACAUAACACCACUGAUCAGAGCUGCAGUGGUCGUCCUCCGAAAUGACACCAUGUUCAAUAAUGUACUUAAACUAUACAGCUCUGAAAAACAGAUGGACAGCUACUUCACAAUUGGUUUUCAGUGGAAAUCUGAGUGUCUGUGAUUGCUCAGGCAGUGUGAAAGGCAGUACGUAACGUCAACCUCUAUGGAUGUUGUCCGAGGAAUUUACCGUCAGUGCUGUUUGGAAAGAAAAACUGCAAGAUGAAGUUUUGUUCAGAAAACUUUAAAAGUAGCUUCAUUGUAAUUGGGAGCACAUUCUUUGGUCAAAUGAGACCAAGAUAAAUUUGUCUGGCUCAGAUGGUUUCCAACAUGGUUAAUGUGAAGUUACCUAGGACUACCAUAGUGAAUGCAUAGUCCUGAUAGUGAAGCACAGAGGUGGGAGUGUGAUUCUAUGUGGCAGAAGAUUUUGUGGAGAUUACAUUUAUAGAUGUACCAUGGCUGUAUGAGGAUAAAGCAAAAAUACUGGCUGACAAGAUGAUUUUCAGUUUACAGAAGUUUGUCAGAAAAGGAAUAUUUCAGCAUGAUAACAAUCAGAAGCACGUCAUCAAAACAUACAAACAGGAAAAAGUGAAAAUGAUGACAUGGCCCAGUAUGGUGGGUGACUUGAAUCCCAUGAAACAGCUCUGGGGUAUUUUAAAGAGAAAAGUAGAGAAACACAAUCCCUCCUGCAAAGAACAACUGAAAAAUCUAUUGAAUAUAUUGAAAACAUUUUGGUACAGACUUCUUUGCAUGGACUUCUUACUGUGGGUCCUGAUUUUUAGAUAUAGGAAACCAAAACUCUGAGUACUAAAUCGUACCUCAGUCCAAAUGCCUGCUGUUGUACUUAGAAGUAAUACAUAUACUGUAAUUUGAUAUUGUUUUUAAUUAUUUGGUGGUUACUGUACAUAUUGUAAGUACUGUACAUGAAGCCAGUGGAACCACAGAGGAGAUGACCAAAGCUUUCAGAUAUCCUGUCCAUGUUCAUCCACAUUCACAACUGUAAUCCUUAAUUAUUGAUGUGGUUAAACAGAAGAUGUUUUUGUUCUCUCUACGUGAAAUAAGCUGAUAUAUUGAAACUGGAAUUUUUUUGCUGUAAAAUCCAGUAUCUAUCAUUCAGUAUAUAUUGUGCCAUUAGCUUCAGUGUAUAUAAGUAUGAAAUAUUCCAAAAUGCACCUGUGCUGACAUAAAAUGAAGAAGAUAAAAGUGUUGAAAAUGAUUUUUUUUUCUAUUGCUUUCUAUGCUUCGACCUCUACUUCAAUUUCUGUACCAAUAUUUCUUAUAUCUAAUAAAAAUAUACA